GCGAUUAUCUUCAGGAAUCAUCCUCGUUGUCGUCGUCCUGCAAAGGUGAUCGGUCGCAUACUAUGCCCUACUGAGAGAAGAUUCUCGUUAAGAUGCUGCGGCGUGCCACCGCUGCUCUCUUCACCCUGUUGAUUGCUACAUGCGUGUCGCAACUCACUCAGGAACCAAAAAGCAGAAAUCGGAACAACGAUGUGAUUCUGAAUAUUAGCGAUGAACAAAAAGUUCAAUAUUUGAGUCAAAAUAUUGACUCGGAAGCAUACAAAUACGGUUACGACGUCGGUCCAAAUGGUCAAUUCCAUCAUGAAGUACGUGGACCAGAUGGUAUCACCUACGGAUGUUAUGGUUACAUUGAUCCGUUUGGUCAACUGAAAUCGACAUUUUACAUCAGUGAUGGAUGGGGUUAUCGCGUUGUUCGGCCCGGAAAGGAAGUGGAAUUAUUCAUUCAUCAGCACGAACAUCAUCAAACCGAAGACAGUCAUGAUCAUCAUGAACAUCACGGUGUGAUUACACCGUGGCGAGAAUUGUAUUUUCCCGCAGUAUGCGCACAAUACGAAAAUCCAAACGUUCCACCGCACGUAAAACCAGCACCUAUCGGAAGUGGAUCAACGAUAGAUGCAAGACCGACUGGACCUCCUUAUAAGCCUGGUAUAACUAGAACACCCGGUACUCCAGGCUCACCAGGAAGACCAGGAACACCACCUUAUCCAGGGCAACCAGGAACUCCUGGAUAUCCCGGCACGCCUGGCACAUCCGGUAUACCAGGCUCUCCAGGAAGGCCAGGAACACCACCUUAUCCAGGGCAUCCAGGAACUCCUGGCACUCCAGGAACUCCAGGAAGGCCAGGAACACCACCUUAUCCAGGGCAUCCAGGAACUCCUGGCACUCCAGGAACUCCAGGCACACCGGGAUUGCCACCACAAUCCGGAUAUCCUGGAAGGCCAGGAACACCACCUUACCCAGGGCAUCCAGGAACUUCUGGCACUCCAGGAACACCGGGCACACCCGGCUUACCACCACAACCCGGAUAUCCCUGCACGCCUGGCACACCCGGUACUCCAGGCUCUCCAGGAAGGCCAGGAACACCACCUUACCCAGGGCAUCCAGGAACUCCUGGCACUCCAGGAACACCGGGCACACCGGGAUUGCCACUACAACCAGGAUAUCCCGGCACGCCUGGAACGCCAGGAACACCCGGAACUCCUGGUAGUCCUGGUAUCCCGGGCAGACCGGGUUUGCCACCACAACCCGGAUAUCCCGGCACGCCUGGCACACCCGGUACUCCAGGCUCACCAGGAAGGCCAGGAACACCAGCUUAUCCAGGGCGUCCAGGAACUCCUGGAUAUCCCGGUACACCAGGGACACCCGGUACUCCAGGCUCACCAGGAAGGCCAGGGACACCACCUUAUCCAGGGCAUCCAGGAAGUCCUGGCACUCCAGGAACACCGGGAACACCCGGCACCCCAGGCACACCAGGAAAACCAGGAACACCAGCUUAUCCAGGACAUCCAGGAACACCUGGAACACCCGGCACACCAGGAAAACCAGGAACACCAGCUUAUCCAGGACAUCCAGGAACACCUGGUAGUCCUGGGACCCCAGGCACACCGGGGUUGCCACCACAACCAGGAUAUCCCGGCACGCCAGGAACACCCGGUACUCCAGGCUCACCAGGAAGGCCAGGAACACCAGCUUAUCCAGGGCAUCCAGGAACUCCUGGCAUUCCAGGAAUCCCGGGCACACCGGGAUUGCCACCACAACCCGGAUAUCCCGGCACGCCAGGAACACCCGGUACUCCAGGCUCACCAGGAAGGCCAGGAACACCAGCUUAUCCAGGGCGUCCAGGAACUCCUGGCACCCCAGGAAUCCCGGGCACACCGGGAUUGCCACCACAACCAGGACAUCCCGGCACGCCUGGAACGCCAGGAACACCCGGUACCCCAGGCACACAAGGAAAACCAGGAACACCAGCUGAUUUGGGGUACCCAGAAACUCCUGGUAGUCCUGGUAUCCCGGGCAGACCGGGUUUGCCACCACAACCCGGAUAUCCCGGCACGCCUGGCACACCCGGUACUCCAGGCUCACCAGGAAGACCAGGAACAUCACCUUAUCCAGGGCAUCUAGGAACUCCUGGCACACCGGGAACCCCGGGCAUACCAGGAUUACCACCACAACCAGGAUAUCCUGGCGCGCCUGGGACGCCUGGAAUACCCGGUACACCAGGUACACCAGGAAGACCAUGCACAUCAUCAUAUCCCGGAUAUCCAGAAUUCCCUGGAGCAUCUAAUGUGUCAGGAUAUCCAGAAACUUCCAGCAAGCCAGAUACACCAGGAAGACCAGAAAAACCAAGUAUUCCAUCAUAUCCUGGAACUUCAAGUACAUUGGAUAAACCAGUUGUUCCUUCAAAACCUGUCGGACCUGUUUAUCCAGGUUAUCCUUCUUAUCCCGGUUAUCCAGGAUAUCCGGAAGGUCCAAAUGGUCCAGAAGGACCUGACGGCUCAAUUGGCGGUGUAGGAGGUAUCGGUAGUGUAGGUGGUGAAGGAGGAGAUGGACCUAAUGGACCUGAUGGUCCAUGGCCAACUGGGUCACCUGGUCCUGAUGGACCCUGGCCUGGUGAUCCAGGAUAUAUACCUAGAGUAAAAGCAACAAGUAGACCUUCAUACACAGGACCAAUAAGAAAUCAAUAUCCUAAAAUUUAUCCACUUGAUACUGACAAUUAUAAUCCUGUUACGAAAUAUUAUUCCAGAAAUAAGAUUGAUUCUUCAUACACAGGCAAUGCUGUAAAAGAUAAUGAAUUGACAAAGUUAUCUCAUUUGACAAACGUUAAUUCGCCAUUAUAUACAAGCCAUGAAGAGUACAAACCACAAUAUGAAACCAAAUUCAUACCAUCAAUCUAUGAAAAAGAAGAGACCAUUCACAAUGCAGAUGAGAUCAACUCACUUUUGCAAACUAGCCCGACAUCGCCAUCAUUGCAAUACAACGGCGAAGACUAUCAAAACAUAGAUUCACUCAAGUUGACUUCACAACCUUAUGAUUAUACUACCCAAUUUGGGUUGAGAAAAGUAAAGAAACCAUUAAAGAAUGAUUUCAACCAAUUUUCUGUGCACGAUCAAGAUCAAUAUCAGAAGUCAGUAUUCUCUUCGCCUCAUAACUUGCAACAGAUAUCUUCCAAAGGUCGAUCAAGUAAAUCUGGGCGACAAGAGAGUGUGUUCAAUGUGAACGAACAGUACAAUAAUUCUACCGAUGUGGAUAACAAAUCAAUUCCUAAUCUAUCUUUUCAGUCGGAUGGGCCCUUCAGUGUUGCGGGAGGACAGGUAAAUGCACGUUUUGAACAGUCAUUUCAAGCGAAUCCCGGCCUCGACGCUAUUGGGGUUCAGCCACCCAGCUCCAUCAAUGUUAAGCCCUUUUCGUUACCUAUAGGGCCAGACCCGCAAGCAUGUCCUUGUUAUUUAAUCGAGUCAAAUAAUAAUACAAACACAUCAGCCGGCACGACUCCCAUUCCUGUCAUUGGUCAGCUCGGAUUCAUUCCUGUUAUCUUUGUACCAUACUGUCCCGGUGAUGAAAUGGAUAGCAAUAAGAUGAAAGUCAUGUUCCCAUCCGUUACCCCCGUUCCAUAUGCAUGCGACGCAUGUGGCACACAAGACGGUAAUUUUGGAAUAAAAACGCUCGAUGUAAGCCAACUUGGCAAUAUCGAUUAUCUGAAACAGGCGUUAAGUCAAGCCAAUCUUGGCUUUUUGAAUGUUCCAGUGAAGAGCAACGCCGAACCAAGGAAGAGUAGAGGCAGAAAAACAGAAGAAUAAGAAAGGAGUAAUUUAUUGCUUUUAAAUCGCGAUUAUAUAUUUUGAGGAAAGAGAGCUUAUAUACUCUUCUGGAAAAUAUAAAUAAAUAUAGGAUAUUGGCAUUGCCUGUCCGCCAGCUGAUUAGCUGAUGGAUGGCCAAUUAGAGAUACUUAUAAUUACUUGUCGGAAUAACCAAAGCUGGUAGAAUACAUGAAGAAUUUAGAGCAAAAGUGAAUUUUUAAUUGUCAAUUUUUUUUAGCAUUGUUAAUCCCAUUUGUAGAUGCAUUUAACUCUUUGUUCACAUAAGAUACAAACAAACAGAUAAUUAUCUGUUCAAUAUUAAAGUCUCAAUCCAACAAAUUAAAAUUAAAAAAAACUGAACAUAGAUUUAGAAGUUGUAAGACUCACUUUAAAUACAAAGCAUAAAAAAAUAUUACAAAUUAUAAAUAUAAUCUAACAAUAUCUUUCUUUUGAAUCUUUUAGAUAUUGCUUUAUUAUUUUACUAUUUCUAAAUAUGCUAUCUUGUAUGUUAUUUAUAUGAUCUACAAAAAAUAACACUCUCAUUUAAAAAUCAAUAGAAAUUACGACAUUUCUAUUAGAUCGUUGCUUGUGGUUAUUCAUUUAAUAUUUAAUUUGAUUUAAACCUAUUAAGGUCUUUUGUAGACGCCACUUCCAAUCUCGCGUUCCGACAUCUACCAAUAUCCUAAUAUUUAUUAUUAUAACUUAUAUAUGAUAGGAAUACACAAAUUUUUAUAUCG